UUCGUCAUCAAGGCGCGACCGGAUGGCUGUGUCGCCUCGUGCGUGACGCAGCUAGAGGGGGGCGAGAUCCAACAAGAUGGCGGAGGCCGCGGUGGUGGCUUGGGUUCGCGGCCCCGGGACCGUGUGGAAGGCGCUGCCGGGGUCCUCGGCUGGAUGCUCCGUGCGCGAUGUGAUCUACAGACACUGCCAAGAACAGGAAAUUCCCGUGGAAUGCUUCUUUGUGAAGUGCAAUGGAGUCGUCGUGGCUGCUGGUGAUGAGGUUCAGCAUGGAGCUGUGUACAGCUUGGAGCCCAGGCUUCGUGGGGGGAAAGGAGGUUUUGGGUCUAUGCUUCGAGCACUUGGUGCACAGAUAGAGAAAACAACCAAUAGAGAAGCCUGCCGGGAUCUUAGUGGGAGGAGAUUACGAGAUGUCAAUCAUGAGAAAGCGAUGGCCGAGUGGGUUAAACAGCAAGCCGAGCGAGAGGCCGAAAAGGAGCAGAGGCGCCUGGAGAGACUGCAGCGAAAGCUCGCCGAGCCUGCGCACUGCUUCAGCAGCCCUGACUACCAGAGGCAGUGCCACGAGAUGGCUGAACGCCUGGAGGACUCAGUCCUCAAAGGUAUGCAGGCUGCCUCCAGCAAGAUGGUAUCAGCAGAGAUCACCGAGACUCGCAAACGGCCUAGCAAGGCAAAAUCGGACCGGGGAGCUGGUGCGAAGAAAAAGAAAUGCUUUUGGCUGGGCAUGGAAGGACUGGAGGCUGCCGAGGGAUCCAGUACUGGAAGCUCAGACGACAGCUCAGAGGAUGACAGUGACGAUGCUCCUGGGACUUCGGAGCCAAGCUGCUGUGCUCAGGAGAAUGGCAGCGAUGGUGUAGAGGUUGCAGCCGACUGUCCUGGCAGUCCUCAGAGCUUGGGAUCUGCUACACACACUGAGUCGCCGGAAAAACUUGAGAACUCCAGGACUGAGCCUGGACAAGGCAUUUUGGAGAAUGCAGGAACUCAGCCAGGAGAGACAUCUGACACGGAGAACAAGGAGAGGAAGACAGUCACAGAGACAGAGGAGACCCCUGCAAGGAAGGAAGCAGAGAGUGCUGAGCCCACAGAAAAGGAUCAAAAGACAGGAGUGUCUGCUGGGGACAGAGCUGCCAUGGCUUUGUCUGGAGAAGAUGGGAAAAUGGUCCCUGCUGCUAACCUAGAGGGAAGCAACUCAGGAGACAUAGCUCUUGGUCUGGAAGCUGUGGAUCUGUCAGCGUUCAGCUCUGCAGCCGAGUUGGAGUCGCUGGGUUUGGAGAGGCUCAAGUGUGAACUGAUGGCCCUUGGACUGAAGUGCGGGGGUACCCUGCAGGAGCGCGCGGCCAGACUCUUCUCUGUCAGAGGCCUCACAAAGGAGCACAUUGACCCAGCUUUAUUUGCCAAGCCUUCAAAGGGGAAGAAGAAGUGAUCCCUCAGCACCCUCCUGGUGGCUGACCACCUCCGCUGUGAUAGACUUUUGAUACUAAAAGCCAGGUUUUAAUAAUUUGGUUCUAACUAGUCUCUUUUAACGGUACCUGGGCUUGAGGUUUUCAUUGGAGGAGAAAACUUUUGUAUGUUAUUUUUCAGUUUUUCAUGUUUUUGUAAGAGACUCAACUCUGUACCCUAGACUGACCAAGAACUGUGUAGUCACUUUGGUCUCAAACUUGCAGUGAUCCUCCUGUCUCAGGCAUGAGUGCUUUGUCAGAGAGAUUUAUACAUUUCUUUGGCUUUAUAUAUUAUGUCACUUGGGUAAGAUAUUUUUAAGAAUUUUUUUUGUGUAGGCACAGUUACUCAUAACUUUGAUUUUAAUAACUUGUUUCUCAGGCUGGUGAGAUGGCUCAGCGGGUAAGAAAGUCCUGAGUUCAAAUCCCAGCAACCACAUGGUGGCUCACAACCACCUGUAAUGAGAACUUACGCCCUCUUCCGGUGCAUCUGAAGACAGCCACAGUGUCCUUAUAUAAUAAUAAAUAAAUCUUUAAAAACAAAAUAAAACAAAACAAAAUCUUGUUUCUCUCUCUAGUAGCUUGUGCGUGUGUUACCAGGGGUAGGGCUUAGCUGUGUCCAGGCCUCUCACACUGGGGAUUUUUAUUUCAGCUAGGGGCCUAUUUUAUUUGGCUUUCAAAGAAUAUGGUUUUGUGGAUUUUUCUCAGUUGUUUAUCUCAUUGGCUUUUGAAUUUUAUUUCCUCUCCUACAUGCUUUGUGCUUAUCAUUUUUCUUUAGCUCCUUAAAUCUUUGUUCACUGAAUAUAGGUUUUAUUUUUAUUAUUAUUAUUUUUAGUGUAUUGUCCAAUUAGCAAAUGUUUGUAUUUUCUGUAAAUGUUUUACUGAUAGUGACUAUUCAGGACAGAAGGUGCCCGGCAUCUUUUUAUGACUGACCCAGGAUAGGGUCUGACAUGAUCUAUGCUGUGUGCUGUUGGAAAGAGCACACAAUCAGUUGGCAGCAGGGUUUAUGCGAGGGCUUGGUCGGGUUGAUCACAUGACAUGAUGAUCACAUGACCUGCUUUUGCUGGUUUAUUUUCAUCGAGAACUAAGAGAAAACUCAAAUCUCAAUUAGGAUUGUGGCAAUUGCCUUUUUUUUUUAGAUUAAAAAUAACUUCAUUAGCAUUUGCUGAGUUGUCAUUUGUAUAUUAAUAACUCAGUGGUCUUAUAUAUGUUACAUAUGUUUCUGCAAUGCCUUAAAAUGCCUGGCUCUGAUGAGCUUUGGAUUUUUUUUUCUUCCGUCUGACAAUCCACACAUGGACGCAGUGUUUCUACUUCUUAAACUCUUCUGUUUUUACUUUAUAUUUUAAAGCUACUGUUAAGUUUUCACUCUUCUCGUACUUAUUGAACAGUGAACCAUGAAAUUCCCUUCAUCAAUGGUGACUGUCCUGUUCAUCUGUGUUAUCUGAAGUGCAGCCCUCCAGCUUUCUCCUCGUUUCCACAGUGCGUGUUUCUCUUCCUUUCUCCUUGCUCCUCCUGUCUACAGUGGGUUUCUGCACACAGCAGGUAUUGACUUGUCAUCCUCAUCAUCAUCUGGCCCCUUCUCUGAUGAUGUGUUGUUUCAGUCAUAACAUUUUCUUUGGGGCCAUUUUCAGGUGUGCCUAAAUAUGGUCUAUUCUUCUGCCCUGGAGUUUGGUGAGCUUCAUGGCUUCGUACAUUUUAUUCUAUUAAUUAAAUUUGGAAACGUUCUAAGCAA